AUGUAUUCCAAGAUCUCAAUCCCAGUCGUGGCGGUGCUGGCGCAAUGCGUCACAGCUCAAUUCGUGCCCGCGCCGACCGACUUGAUCACAAAGAAGGGAUAUGCAGAUGUCAACGUGCGAUACAAACAAGUGCCUCAUGGGAUUUGUGAGCUGGACCCCAAUGUCAAAAGUUAUUCCGGAUAUGCGGAUGUUUCGGAGCAUGAGCACAUUUUCUGGUGGUUCUUUGAGACCAGAAAUGGAAACCCCAAAGAUGCACCACUGACUGUCUGGAUCAACGGAGGACCAGGAUCAUCCUCGAUGAUCGGUUUGUUCCAAGAGCUAGGACCUUGUGGAGUUGAUUCAAAUGGCGAUGUGUACAACAAUCCACACGCAUGGAAUAACGCGAGCAAUAUGAUCUUCAUUGACCAACCUACUACGACUGGAUUCUCAUACACAAUUCCGAUCCCGGGUUACGAAGAUGAAAAUGGCGAUAUCAUCCAAUUGCCCGACGAAAAAUGCCCCGACUACGCCCAGGCGUAUGGAACCUGCGGCACAUACUCCAAGCCAGAUAUUGCUCUAGUCCCCAAUGCUACAGCAAGAGCAGCUCCAAACAUGUGGAAGACCUUGCAAGGCUUCAUGGGAGCUUUCCCACAAUACUCCAGAAAUGGCUUCAAUUUCGCGACCGAGAGUUACGGAGGCCACUAUGGCCCAGUGUUCAACGAGUACUUUGAAGAGCAAAACGCUAAAAAGAUCCCCGGCGCUACCAAGAUCGAGCUUGAGAAUGUCCUUAUUGGCAACGGCUGGUUCGACCCCCUGAUCCAAUAUCAAGCAUACUACAACUUCUCCGUAUGGCCCGGUAACACGUAUGACUACGACCCGUACAACGCCUCAGUGAAGGCAGAAUGGUACAACAACCUUUACGGCGAAGGGAACUGCGUUGAUCGGACGCUAGAGUGCUACGCGACCGGCCGAAACGACAUUUGCGCAGCGGCCGACAAUUUCUGCGCCUCUACUGUCGAAAACAUGUAUGAUACGUACUCGGGACGUGACGAGUACGAUAUGCGCGAGUUGACUCCCGAUCCGUUCCCAUAUUCAUUCUAUGUGGAUUACCUCAACAGCCCCAAGGUUCAAGCGGCCAUUGGUGCUUAUCAAAACUUCUCGGAGUCCUCUGGAACUGUUGGUACGAGCUUUGGGAGCACGGGUGAUGAUGAUCGUGAAUCUGGAACGAUCCAGGCCGUGCAGAAGUUGUUGAAGGCUGGAGUACAGGUUGUGAUGUACUUUGGUGAUGCUGACUUCAACUGCAACUGGCUUGGUGGACAAGUCGUCGCCAAGGAAAUCAACGCGCCGGGGUAUGAGAAGGCAGGAUUCGUCAACAUCACCACUUCGGAUGGCAUCGUUCACGGCCAAGUCCGACAGAGCGACUUGUACAGUUUCGUGCGAAUCUACGAAUCCGGACACGAGGUACCUUUCUAUCAGCCCUUGGCUGCAUUGGAGAUGUUCGAGAGAACACUUUCACGAAAGGAUAUUGCGACCGGAGAGAAGAAGAUGAAACGACAUGGCGGCUACCGGACCGAGGGACUUUUCACCAGCGACUACCGAGAGGGCAACAGUUCGAUUGUUCUGAAGGUUCUUGGUACUGACGCUACUUAUAACACAACCCUGAACGGACCUAAUCCCUAG